UCGGCAUAACACACAUUACGAACUGGGUGGGAGGGUGUUUUUCGGAAGGCGUACUGGCCGGGCGUGUGAUGUGAAGUGAAUCCGACUCGUCUACAUUGCACAAUCAUUUAGAACAAAGGGGCAAACACCUCCAGAAAGAACCGCAUUUUGUGAUAACAUUUCUAGUCAAAAAGUCUGCACCACCCGUCACCACCCCGUUACGAGUUGCUGUUUCACCAAUUCCGAUAUAAAAAAAAGGUACUGCAACUAAAUGGAUACCACUUUCCCACCACCGUGUGCCAUUAUUUUUGAAACCCGUGGAAAACGCCACGAUUGAUAAAAACCCGGUGAGGUCGCGCAUAUACACAUCCGGUUGCAUAUGUAGUUGUACCGAGCGGAUAUCGGACCAGCGAAGCGCGGAAAUCACCCGAUGCCAGAAACAAAUCGUACGUGAAGUGGCAAACAGGUGCACAAACAAGCCUGGAAGAAGCAAGCAGACGAGUAAAACGGAGGUAGCGUCGAUUAAAAUAGUAACAUUCAUACGACACACGGAGAAGGUUGGUGUGCGCUUAUCGCGACCCCAAGGAACUUGUUACAAUCGCGUCGAUUGUACACGCUGAAUCGUAAACGAACAGUGUGACGCCCUUUCCCUUCAGAACAUUGCGCCCCCGAUAAAGGGGGUCUCCGAAACAACCUGCAACGAGGUCGGCAAUGCAACGACAGUGAAAUCGAACGAAAACCGGAGUUUCGUAAUACUGUACCAACACAGUUUGAACUCUGUACGCUAGGAAGUAGUGCAAGUGUCAAGCCGGAGACGCACAGAUCCACAUCAUGUUUACGUCAUUAAAGAAUAAAAUUCGCGAAGAAACUGGCAACGAUGUAGCACCACUGUCCGUGUCACGUACUCGUCGAAGUCGGCCAGAAUCACUCACCAGCGCCAGUUCGAUUGAUGAGCUCAGCGUCCUGGAGCAGAAAGAUGCCGAGUUAAGUGCCACCCGGCUCGAGCUGCAGGAACUUGCGGGACAUUUGAGUGGCUUCCGGGAGCAGACGCGUUCGCUCGAAGAAGAAACCGCUCGGCUGAAGCAAUCCAACAGUGCACUCGAGGCUAAACUACAGGCAAGCCAGCUGCAGCGGGACCUGCAGCGUGAGGAACAGGACAAGAUACAGAACUGCCAGCAGCAGGAAAUAUCGAAGCUGAAAAGUAUGCUGCUAUUUCGCGAACAGGAAGCGAUCGAUCGAAUAGCGCAUCAGAAGAAUGCGGAACAGCAAGCCGAGAGCCUUCGGCAGGAGGUGAACCGGCUGCGAGAACUCGAACCGAUGCUGGAAAACACCCAGGACGAGCUGGAAAAUCUGCGCCAUUCGUCACAGUGCGAGCGAAACAAUCUGAUUUCAAAGCUGGCCGCUGUUGAGGAAGCGAACCGGCAUCUGAAAAGCCGCGUACUGGUGCUGGAAAAUACGCGAGUCUCGCUCGGCACGAACAGUGGCAGUACGGACGAGAAGGUGCAGUGUUUGUUGCAAGAACGCGACCUGUUGGAGCAACGUCUGGAGGUGGCCCAUUUGCAUCUAUCCGACAUUAAGACACGCUGGAGCGUUCAGAACAUGACGCUCGAAACGCAGGUAAGCCGAUUGUCGCGCCAAGUUGCAGAAGAAACCACCGAAAAGCAUAACGCGCUCAAGGUAAAGGACGAGUUAAUCGAGAAACUAAAGCAGCUUGAGUUCGAGUUCGAGAAGCUACGAUCGGAAGUAACCCAACGUGACAAUAAGAUCAAACUUAUGAAUGAAGAAAUCGAUGAACUACAUUCGGCACUCCGUGAGGCACGUGAGCAGCAUGAAGAAGAGGUCACGUUCAUGAGCAGUAAAGUAGAACAACUACAGACGGAGUGUACCGACCUGCGCACGAACUUGGCCGAUUCGGAAAAGCGACUGCUAGAGUGUUUGGAGAGUGCAGACCGCAGUACCGGUGCCUAUCAGGGACAGGUAGCUGAGCUAGAAAACACUGCGCGAGAACUUAAUCGUCAGCUGGCCAGUGAAACACAGGAGAAGAUGGCUGUCCUGAUGAAGAAUGCAGAAAUGUCGCAACAGGAGGAAAUAUUGCGCCAAGAACUGAGACAUGAAAAGGAUGAAUCGAUCGAGCUUCAUGAUCGUGCUAUAAUGCUGCAGCAUGAACUAGAUAAACGCCUAAAUACUGUCAAUGAGCUGAGAAAACAGGUGGACGAACUCAUGACUACGAAUCUCAAUCUAAACGCUGAUCUUGUCGAUAAAAAUAAGAUAAUAAAAACAUUAAAUCAACGUCUGGUGGAUAUGAAGAAGACGCUCCAGGAGGAACUGAAAGGUCAGCAGAAUGGUAACAACAAUAAUAACAUUGUCGCCCACUACAUGGGUGGCGUUCAACCACCAUCCCAUGAUCGAUCGCUGGAACGAUCGAAAAGCUUCGAGGGGAAAUCGAUUGUAAAAGAGAACGGAACCCUGAAGCACAACGAAAAGAGCAGCGGACCUGUGGUGAUGGAUGAGGUGAACUUCCGCUAUCUGAAGCAUGUGAUAAUCAAAUUUCUAACUAGUCGUGAGGUUGAAGCAAGACAUUUAAUAAAGGCCGUCUCUACACUGCUGCAGCUUAGCUACGAGGAAGAGAAACUGCUGCAGGACACGCUGAACUGGAAGAUGAGCUGGUUCGGUAGCCGACCGGGCCAGGUACCGAUGUCUACUAGCUAAAAACAUCUGCCUCACACAAUACUACCACCCCAUGGUGCAGACGUGCGACGGUUAUACGUCCACAACACGCUUCACGCAACGCCUCUAGCAUAUCUCCUAUACAAUUUUCACUUAUUUAUCGGAAUCUUCCAUAGCGACAAUUCAGAAGAAGAAACUCAAACAAACCAAAGCGUAAUCUCUAGCGUAUAUCAGACGGGACACACAGUGCAAGAGAAGUAACAUAAUCAAAAAAGCAUGGGCAAUUGACGCAAAUGAAAUGUGAGUGAAUGAUUUCGCAUACCUAUGAUUUCUGCACAAAGCUGGUAAAGUUUUCUCGGGCUUUCGUUUACUUCCAACGCUAUCUACGUGCAUUUAUUAAAUGCAUUGGUUUACAUUCAUAACCUUAUAUUACCGACAUUCCUCAGUUAAACGAAUAUUUAUACAAAAGAAAACGGCAAACUUUUAUACAAUUAUCAUUGCUUACAGUUGUACUACCGUAUGUGAUUUUGCUUUCCAAAGAUACUAAGUAUUUACAAUGCCAUAGUAUUAGAAGAGGCGAUUUUUUCGUGUGAUUUGAUGAGUGAUUUGUUUUGUUAAGCACGUUUUCUUAAAAAUAUGUUAGCUUUUGUAUUAUUUUUAUAAUACGUAUAUAUAUAUAUGAAGCUUGGAUUCAUUAGAAAAGAGUAGCACACGGUGCAAAAAUUUAAUCAUUUUCGGCUUGUGGCGAUUGUUGAAUGGUAGUGACAGUGCAAGACGUGCGUGCAAUAACGAUUUGAAGUGAAUUAACCCGCCCCCGAAAGGACUGUUAUCGCAGGCUACAGCUGGGGGAAAGAAGGAAGGCUUUAUACAAAACAAGCCUAGCCCGCCCAAAACAGGUUCAUUGUUCAUGUGUUCCACACAGCCAUUAUUCAUGUUUAUACGAAUUCGAAUAAAUCAAUAAAU